GUCGCCACACGGCCCACACUCCUCUGCUCUCCACGGCUCUGCUCCACCGCCGCCCCCGCCGCCAACCGCCCAGCUCAGUCCAAGCCUCCUUCCUCUGUCUUCGAUAUCUCCUUCUUCGCUCUACACUUUGUCGCGAAAUAGACGACCACAGCUCCUCCUGAGCUGCCGGAAGCCUCAAUUGUCUCCCCCAUCACAAAGCAGUUGAUACAACUCUUGGUUGCUGCUUGUGUGAGCCGUAAUUUCAGUUUCAAAUAUGGGGAAACAACGGUUUACCAGAAAGACAGGUGGAAAGAGACGAAAAAAUCAAGAGCCCUUUCGGAAGAACAAGCGCCGUGCCAAAGAUGAAAAAAUUGAAGAAAGUCCAUUGUCAAGUGCUUCAGAUGAUUCAUCGGAUGAGAACAUAGAGGAAGAAUCAGGAAUUUCGGAUGAAAAAGAAGAAAUAGUGAGUUAUAGAGAGCCCACAAUGUAUGAAAACCUGUUGCGGUCAUUGAGGCAAAAAGAAGCGGUUUCAACUAACUCAGAAGACGAAUUAGAUGAUGAUCUGGAAUCAGGUGAUGGAUCUGGAGAAGAGUGUGAAAGCGAGUCUUCGGGACCUAGUGAUGUCGGAGAUGACCACCGAGAAUCUGAUUUGGGAGUUGAUGCUGAUUCUGAGGCCUCAGAUACAGAUGAAGAAUAUGAUGUGAGAGUAAAUGAUCAGCCUGUUGAGGAGCCAUCAAUAAACACAAGCACUUUUCACAAUCAUUUGAACUACAAGCUAUCUAAAGAAGAGGCUAACAAGCUUUUGGAAAAGAAAUUGAACUACAAAUGGGAGUCAGAGGCGUCAAAUUGCAAGUGGAGGGGUACAGGUGAAUGCUUUUUGAAGGAAGUAGAUGCAAGUUCUGGUCUCAAACCAAUAAUGUAUAAGCAUUGGUUGGACAUUUAUAAGGAGUCUGGCAGCCAAGAUUUUCAUUCAUCCAGGCAGAGAUCGUUCUUCUCAAUUUGCAACAGCUAUCGAGAUAUAUUGCAUCAUAACAAGAAGCCAUUUUAUCUCAAAGGCCGUGAAGAGGAUGCUAGCAUCAUGGAUGCAUAUAUUGCGCACUCACUCAAUCAUGUAUUCAUGACUAGGGACCUUGUGAAGAAGAAUGAAGCAAAACUAGCUAAGCUAGAAGGGAAAGGUGAAGCUAUGAAUAAUGAAGCUUUUCUUGACCAUGGGUUUACUCGUCCUAAGGUUUUGAUUCUUCUGCCACUUGCAAGCAUUGCACUUCGAGUAGUUCAGAGGUUGAUCGAGUUAACACCUCCAAAGUACAAGACUAACAUAGAGGAGCGUGAACGCUUUUUUCGAGAGUUUGGAAGUGCGGCAACUGAAGAUGACAAUGACGAUGGAAAGACCUCUAAACCUUCUGACUACAAAGCAUUGUUUGGAGGGAAUAACAAUGACCAUUUCAUGUUUGGUAUUAAGUUUACCAGGAGGAGUAUACGAUUAUAUGGUGACUUCUAUUCUUCAGAUAUGAUUAUUGCGUCUCCUCUUGGUUUAGUCACUAAAAUUGGGGAAGCUGAAGUAAAUAAAGAGAAAGAUGUCGAUUAUCUUUCUUCUAUAGAGAUUCUAAUUAUUGAUCAUGCAGAUAUCAUAUUAAUGCAGAAUUGGUCACAUGUGAACACGGUAGUCAAGCAAUUGAACCAGAUACCUUCUCAGCAGCGUGGAACGGAUAUUAUGCGCAUAAGACAAUGGUACUUAGAUGGACAAGCACCAUUCUACAGACAAACAAUGAUUUUUAGUUCACAUGUAAACCCAGAUAUCAAUGCUUUAUUCAACCACCAUUGCCUCAACUAUGAGGGAAAGGUUAAAGUGGUAUGUGACAAUAAAGGUGUUCUACCAAAAGUAGUGCUUCAAAUACGCCAGGUUUAUGAACGUUUCGAUACUAAGACAAUAGAAGAUGCAGAUGAAUCUCGUUUUGAAUAUUUUACUAAACAGGUGUAUCCUAAGAUAAAAGAUUCAAUACAGGGUGGCACCAUGAUAUUCAUUAGUUCUUACUUUGAUUUUGUCCGGUUAAGAAAUUUCCUGAAGUCACAGGAGGCGUCGUUUUGUAUGCUGGGAGAGUACACAAAACAAAGUGAUAUCUCUCGCGCAAGAGUUUGGUUCUUUAAUGGAAAUCGGAAAAUCAUGCUCUACACUGAGAGAGCUCACUUCUAUCACAGAUACAAGAUUCGUGGCAUUCAAAACCUGAUCAUCUAUUCGCUGCCAGAGAGGAAAGAAAUUUACCCUGAGAUUGCUAAUAUGCUACAAGGCACGACUUGCACAGUUUUGUUUUCUCGCUUUGACCUCCUCCGGCUUGAAAGAAUCGUCGGUUCUGCUGCUGCAAAACGGAUGGUAUCCUCAGACCAAGGCAUGUUCAUCUUUGCUUAAAAUUAGAUCAACAGUUGAUGCAUGGAUCCCAGGAAGCUUGAGAGCAGUAGUUGCAUGAAUUCCUUGCUCCAAAAUUUUGUACCUCACAAGUUUUUCUUUCAAAAUUUUUGGGAAAGACUUCACUGAAUCAAUCCAAUUGUCAUUUAUUUUGCUUUCUAGUCAUAGAUAGGAACAACUUGUGUACCCAAUGUAUUCAAUCUUUAGAUUGUUGUGUUUAUUAUAAACAAUAAUUAAAAUUUGAUUCUGACUUC